AUGGUGCUGAAGAAGUUAUGGAACAAGUUCGGCGGAGAAGCCAAGACGGCAGUUUUUCAAAAAAAAUCUAUAGAAAAAUUUGAAAAAUUGGAAGCAGGUGAGAAGGUACUGGCUCCGAAGCAUCCCACAGAUCAGAAGCACUUCGACAUUGCUCAGAAAGAUGAACGCCUUGCCAAGGUUUGUAGCUUUAUGUUUAUUGUGAAUGUUUUUAGGAAGUGCGAAGGAGGAACGACGAUCUCAUUGACAAGGUAAACAAGAUUACCAUUCAUUCAACAGAACCUCAGGAAUUCAAGUCUUCAAGGUAAUUACGUCAAUAUUAUUGUUAUAUUAUACUAAACGCACAUUUUGACGUAGGAUUAAUGGUUUUCAACAAAGAAUAGGAAUUUUUAAGACAUUUUUAUUAAGCGAAUAUAAAGUAAUCUUUUUAGGCCUUUACCUACAAAAGAAUCAGAAGAUAGAGUCCACUCAACUCUUGAUUACAAAUUUGGUUAUCAUGAGAUAUCUCCAGAAAAAAGGGAGAAGAACACAAUAAUGAUGAGAGAGUUCUAUGAAGUAAGUUUUUGCCUCUAAAUCAUUAUUGUUUUAGAUCCUUGGCAUUUCGGCAAAAGCUCAGGAAGAAGGUAAAGAAGUUGAUUUGACGGCACAUGAGGUUAGUUUAUUUGUUUAUUACAAUCAUUUUGUUUUGUUUGCUAAUUCAAGUUGUAUUUUUAUACUUUGCAAAACCUAUACUGCAAUAUUUUUUAAAGAAAUUACCUAUUGUAGUAUUUUAGGGAUACAGAAGAUUGUCAGAAGAACAGCGUGCUAACUUGAUCAAGUAUUUUGGCUUAUUCGUUCGAAAAGAGAAGCAAGAGGUAGUUGAUAGAAACGAUGUGUAUCAGUUGGCAGCGUACAUGCGCAAUCAAACCGAGGACAUGGAUCAUGAAGACCUACAACACUAUGGCAAACAGAAGGCAUUGGCGUUUAUCAGGAAAGAACGCAACAAGUUUAUUGACUUGGAGAGGAAUGAGCAAGCUCAGAAACAGUUGGAGGAAAUGGAGAAGCGAAGAGAGGUGGAAGCUAAGAGGCUGGCAGAAAAGCUAAAAGAACUCGAAGCUGAGAAUGCUGGGAAAGGCUGA